AUGUCCAACAACUCAACGAACUCUACAAACACCAAUUCUACUGAUACCAAUACCACUACUACUACUACAACAACUACUCUUGCACCAGAAAACACAACUGAAUACCUACUUCAACGGUGUUAUGAAUCAGUUUUGUCUGAUGGUCAAAAUGAUAUUGUUAAAUACUUGAUGUACUUCUGUGGAGGUUGGAUUAUUGCAUGGUGCAUUAUCACAAUGCUAGUCAACAUCUGUCAUAAAAACACAGGACACCAACGGUAUGUUCAUUUCUACGAAGAACUCUCCAUUAUUCUUUUGGCUGUCUGCAUGUGUAUUCUGAACUUUAUCUUUAAUCAUAAAUCGAAAGUCUGCAAGUUUGUUGCAAUUUUUAAUCAUUUCUUCAUGUGUCUAACAGCUGCUAUAUUUUUCGCGGAAGCACUUUUUGCGUCAUCAAUGGUUCACGGGAAAUCUGACAAAAACGGGAGUGUCCCUUGGAUCCUUUACUACCUCUUUCCUAUUGUUCUAGCGGUGGCUCCAACGUUAGCCACAUUUUUUACAGAGGAAAAAUAUUAUGGAACCGCGUACCUACAUUGUUUCGCUGACUCUACUGUGGAUAUGUUCUGGGGAUUUGUGAUUCCAGUUUGGAUUCUCCUGACUAUAGCUGGCUUGAAAGCUCAACUAGCAUGUAUAGCAUGUGACCGACAACAACCAUCGCAAGACAUUUACCAAUGCUAUUGGGCUAGACGGUCUGUGAAAUCGCUCGUGCUGAUUUCGCAAUACUUGUUCAGUAUCUGGUUGAUGAUUUUAUUUGCAGCCGAGCAUCAGAAACUCUACGUUUUCAUCUUGGUAACUUGUAUGGCUCUCCUGUUUGGACCAGCAUUAUUUGUUUGCCACACAUAUUGUCAUCUGAAUACAUGUAAAAAAUGGGCAGGCAACGGAUGUUUUGCUAGCUUAUACGCAAUGUGCCCACCAAAACCAUCGCCUCCUGAAAAAGAUGAAGACGAAGAGGAGCAGAAACACAAAGAUGCAAUUCCAGAGAAGACUCCUAUCGAUGAACCAGAUCCGAAAAAUAAUAAUGAGCCGGGAUCCAGAAAUCAAAGCGAUUCAGAUGACCCACACCAGUAUACCCCUACAAAAUCGGGGUCUCCAGUGCCGAAACAGGGACCCAACAAGCACACUGAAUCUCAAAAGUUUUAUUCCUGGCUAACAGAUACAAAUGCCUCCGGGAAAAGUGGAGAUAUUUUGUUCCGGCCUUCUGUGGCUUGA